AUGAGAGAACUUGUGCAUAUCCAAGCGGGCCAAUGUGGUAAUCAAAUUGGAACUAAGUUCUGGGAGAUCAUCUCACAAGAACACGGAAUCGAUAACUCAGGAAGUUACCAUGGCGAUUCCGACCUCCAAUUGGAUCGUAUUAAUGUCUACUACAACGAGGCUCAAGGAGCCAAAUACGUCCCCCGUGCCCUACUAAUUGAUCUCGAGCCAGGGACUAUGGAUGCAAUAAAAGCUGGACCCUUGGGGGGAAUGUUUCGUCCCGAUAACUUCGUCUUUGGUCAAAGUGGAGCUGGCAAUAACUGGGCAAAGGGACAUUACACUGAAGGGGCCGAGUUAAUUGACGAAGUUCUAGAUAUUGUGAGAAAAGAGGCGGAGGCCUGUGACUGCCUUCAAGGAUUCCAGCUCUGCCAUAGUCUUGGAGGUGGCACUGGCUCUGGUAUGGGGACUCUUCUAAUUGCAAAGAUUAGGGAAGAAUAUCCUGAUCGUAUCAUGACUUCAUUCUCCGUUGUUCCUUCGCCUAAGGUUUCCGACACUGUGGUAGAGCCCUACAAUGCAACUCUCUCAGUUCAUCAACUCGUAGAAAGCACUGACGAAACCUUCUGUAUCGACAAUGAAGCGCUUUACGAUAUCUGCUUCCGUACUCUGAAACUCCCGAACCCCAACUACAGUGACCUGAAUCAUCUCGUCAGUCUUACAAUGUCUGGAGUAACUACAAGUCUUCGUUUUCCAGGUCAGCUCAACUCCGAUCUUCGAAAACUUGCCGUCAAUAUGGUUCCUUUUCCUCGUCUUCACUUCUUCGUUCCUGGAUUUGCCCCGUUGGCUAGCCGAACCGCUCAAUCAUUCCAGAACCAAUCAGUCAUGGAAUUAACUAGACAAAUGUUUGAUGCCAAGAAUAUGAUGGCCGCCUGUGACCCAACUCGUGGUCGCUACCUCACCGUGGCAGCCAUCUACCGUGGCCGAGUCUCCAUGAAAGAAGUUGAAGACAGGAUCCUGGAAAUCCAAACUCGCAACUCAUCUUAUUUCGUCGAAUGGAUUCCAAAUAAUAUCAAGACUGCUGUCUGUGAUAUACCUCCAAGUGGAUACAAGUUGGCUGCCACUUUUAUUGGCAAUACUACUGCAAUUCAAGAUCUCUUCAUUCGAGUUAGUGACCAAUUCUCGGCUAUGUUCAGAAGAAGAGCAUUCUUACACUUCUACACUUCUGAAGGUAUGGACGAAAUGGAAUUUUCUGAGGCGGAAUCAAACAUGAAUGAUCUAAUUAGUGAGUACCAGCAGUAUCAGGAGAUUGGAGUUGAUGAAGACCUUGGUGAUGAUGGUGAAGAAGCGGAGGCAUACGAAGCGGAGAUUCAGGGGAAAAUAGAUGCCGAAGCAUUCAUGCGCGAAUUAAUUCACCUUCAAGUUGGUCAGUGUGGAAACCAGAUUGGAACGAAGUUCUGGGAAAUUCUUGGUCAAGAACAUGGGAUCGAUAGCUCAGGCAAAUAUCAUGGCGACUCAGAAUUACAACUUGAAAGGAUUAAUGUGUAUUAUACUGAGGCUCAAAAUGACAACUAUGUCCCACGAGCUCUGUUGAUUGACCUCGAACCUGGAACAAUGGAUGCAGUAAAAGCUGGAUCUAUGGGAAAACUCUUUCGUCCAGAUAAUUACAUCUUUGGUCAAAGUGGAGCGGGUAAUAAUUGGGCUAAGGGUCAUUAUACAGAAGGAGCGGAGUUGGUCGACGAGGUAAUGGAUGUUGUGAGAAAAGAGGCGGAGGCCUGUGACUGCCUUCAGGGAUUCCAGCUCUGCCAUAGCCUGGGAGGUGGCACUGGCUCUGGUAUGGGGACUCUUCUGUUUGCGAAGAUUAAGGAGGAGUAUCCUGAUCGUAUUAUGACAUCCUUUUCUGUUGUUCCAUCUCCGAAGGUUUCCAACACUGUGGUUGAGCCCUACAAUGCGACUCUAUCUGCCCACCAACUUCUUGAGAGCACUGAUGAGACCUUCUGUAUUGACAACGAGGCUCUUUAUGAUAUCUGCUUCCGUACUCUGAAACUCUCUAGCCCCAACUACAGUGACCUGAAUCAUCUCGUCAGUCUUACAAUGUCGGGAGUAACAACAUGCCUCCGUUUCCCUGGGCAACUCAACUCCGACCUUCGAAAACUUGCCGUCAAUAUGGUGCCUUUUCCUCGACUCCACUUUUUUGUUCCUGGAUUUGCUCCACUAGCUAGUAGUAAGGCUAAGUCCUUUCAAAGCCUCUCGAUUCUCGAGCUCACUCGCCAGAUGUUUGAUUCAAAAAACAUGAUGGCUGCUUGUGAUCCGAAUCGUGGACGUUAUCUCACAGUGGCUGCGAUGUAUCGUGGAAGGGUCUCUAUGAAGGAGAUCGAGGAUCAAAUUCUUGAGACACAAACCCGAAAUUCAUCUUACUUCGUUGAAUGGAUACCGAAUAAUUGCAAGACAUCAGUCUGCGAUAUUCCACCACAGGGAUUCAAAAUUUCCGGAACGUUUAUCGGAAACACUACAGCCAUUCAAGAACUCUUUAUUCGAGUUGGAGAUCAGUUUUCAGCCAUGUUUAGGAGAAGGGCUUUCUUACACUUCUACACUUCUGAAGGUAUGGAUGAAAUGGAAUUUUCUGAGGCGGAAUCAAACAUGAAUGAUCUGAUUAGUGAGUAUCAGCAAUAUCAGGAGAUUGGAGCUGAUGGGGUUAUUGGUGAUGAUGAAGACGAAGAUGAAGGGGACGCUUACAUUAACGAGUAA